GCUCUGCACUUUCUUUUCAGCAAAUAAAAAUGAUCCUGCUUGAUGCCACUGUAACAGAUGGUCACAGUGUACCAGCCUCUAAAAAAAUUACCAUCAUUGUAACUGACCGGAAUGACAAUAAGCCAAUAUUCCAGAAUGAACCUUAUUUGAUAGAUGUCUUUGAGAAUACCAAAAAUGGCACUGCAAUCUAUAAUGUGACAGCCUUGGACAGUGACAGUGAUAAUGCUGGAUGGGUAUCCUAUGAAAUUAUAGGGGUCAUUCCAGACAAUGCAGAGAAUCAUCAGCUUUUUAACAUUCUGCAAAAUGGCACUGUGGUGUUGAAUGGCUCACUCAGUUACAACAACAAGAGCACUUUCUAUCGAAUCAAGAUCUUAGCUUCGGACAAUGGAGGAUUGUGGAAUGGUUCUCUUAUCUACCAGACCAACAUAGCCUAUCUAUCUGUGACAGUUAUUGAUGUUGCAGAUCUGGAUCCCCAGUUCUUGGGAGAGCCGUAUGUGACCUCCGUCUCAGAGAACUGCCCUCCGGGUACCCCUGUGAUGACAGUGCUGGCCAUUGACAAGGACAAAGAUGUGAACGAUAUAAUCUAUUACAGCAUCAUCAAUGCCACCAGACUGUUUAUAGUGAAUCAGACCACAGGAGUCAUCACUGUGAGUGGUAACCUGGACCGAGAGGGUAUGCCAAGUGAAGAGGUGCAGUUUCAGAUUAUUGCUCAAGAAAGAAAUCUGGACAUUUACAAUCAAACGGCACAAGUGAGCACCCAGGUGACCAUCCAUAUCACUGAUAUCAAUGACAACAAACCUCAGUUUUAUUUAUGCACGGGUCCUACCUGCAACUUCACAGGUCCUACAGAGGACAAUUUUUCUGGUCAGAUUGAGGAACAUGCUUCUGCCAGAACACCUGUGGCCAACCUCAGUAUUGUGGCCUAUGAUCCUGACAAGGGUCAAAAUGGUACUUUCCAGCUGUUCCUGAAGGGUCCUGAUGCACGGGCAUUCUCAGUGUCACCCAGGCAGAUUGUAAAUGAAGGGACUGUGCAAGUGGUAGUCAGUAACUCAAGCCUUGUGGAUUAUGAAAAUACAACUACUAUGACUGUGGAGAUUGUAGCAAAUGACACCAGAAGGACAGAUGAUUGCUGCUCUUUUGCCACAGUGACCAUCCAUCUUCUUGACAUCAAUGACCACAGGCCUGAAUUCAAACAGAGUGACUACAAGCUUUCCGUAUUGGAAGAGAGUCCACCUGGUUUCAUUGUAGCUUCUAAUAUCACAGCCACUGAUCCAGAUAGUGGAAAGUUUGGAGAGAUCACCUACCAAUUACUCCCUAACAGCAUCCAAUCAACUUUCACUGUGAAUGCAAUGAACGGUACAAUAUUUGUGGCCAAUGGCAGUAAAAUAGAAUGGGGAAUCCGCUCUGUCUAUUACGCUACUUUGCAGGCGGUGGACGGUGAUGGGCUGAUUGGUUCUACCCAGCUGGAGAUCACAGUGAUUGACAUCAACAACAAACCUCCAGUUGUGACAGGUUCCUACAACUUCAUGGUCACUGAGGGCAACAGCAUUGAUGAUGUCCAGAUCCAGGCCACUGAUCAGGAUAAACCAGACACGAAUAAUAGCAACUUGCAUUAUGAAAUUAUGCCUGGCAAGUUCAGCAACAACUUCACUAUUAACCCAGAUACUGGACUGCUAGUCAGCAAAGGGCCCUUGGACCGAGAAGCUAUUCCUGUGGAGCUCAAUGGGAAGAUAGUGCUGACAGUACUUGUACAAGACUUGGGGACCCCUCAGUUGAACACCACUGUCAAUGUCACCUUCACUGUGGAGGACAGAAAUGACAAUGCACCCAGAUUCAACAGUUCAAAUUAUGAGUUCUUUGUUCCUGAAGGCUUGCAAGGUAUCUCUGUGGGAGAUGUGGAAGCCAGAGAUGCUGAUCAAACACAAAUUAACAACCGUAUCUCAUUCUACAUUAAUAGCAGUGUAGGCUCAAACAACUUCCUGAUUCGCUCCAGUGCCCAGGGAUCUGGCUGGUAUCAGGGGAUGUUGUACCUAGACCCAGACAUUGCUCUUGACUAUGACCAAAUGCAGGAGAAGUUCUUCAAUCUGAUUGUACGGGCUGAAAAUUCAGACUUUGGGGGAACAGUGGAGGUCGCUAUUGCCAUGGUGAGGGUGUAUGUGCUGGAUGUCAAUGAUGAGUCCCCAACCAUUGUACCAUCUCCACCACAAAACAUUAAUGUUAUAGAGAAUGAGAAACUACAUACAUUAGUAGCUGUGCUAAAGGCUACUGAUAAAGACACCAACCACUCAUUAGUCUUCCAGGAGUUGGCUGUUGCAUGUUUCAACAGCUCAGGCAGUGCAGGCAAUAUAUGUCAGCACUGGUUCCGCCUGACAGCCAAUGGAUCACUUUUUGUGAAUAGUCCAGAUAUAGACUAUGAACUGUGCACCCAAGUGGAAAUCACGCUGCGUGUUAAGGAUGAGUUCACUGCAGUAGGAGACCCUUACAGUAGAAAUGAGACCCUGAUAAUCUUGAUAGCUGAUGCAAAUGACAACGCACCCCAGUUUCUUCCUGUUGAUGACACCUUUGUAAUAAUCCCAGAAAUCUCUCCAAUAGACCUGCCAGUGGCUGUGGUCAAGGCCAAAGAUGCUGAUUCAGAUGAAAAUGGUGUGAUCACAUUUAGCAUCUCUGGGGUAGUUUUCAUCCAGGACGAUGGACAGGACCAGACGUUUUAUGAUCUUUUCAAAGUGGCAAAAACAACAGAGAAAGGUGUCUCUGUUGGAACCAUCCAAAUUGCAAGCAACCUCAACAGCGUUUUGAAGGGUCGAUAUCAAGUGAGAGUGGAAGCCAAAGACAAUGGGACUCAAGCACGAAGCAACUUCACAUCAUUGGAUAUCUUCAGCGUGGAUCAGAGCUACCGUACCAAUCUGAAAUUUGAUACCUCCUUGAAGGAAGUGCAGACUAAUUCAAAUGAAAUCAAACGAAUUCUGAGCAAAGCAACUGGAUCAACAGUCUACAUAGCAUCAAUCUAUACAGAUGAUUCAUCCUCCUCCAAAUCUAACAGGGCUGUGACAAAUACUGCAAUGGAUGCCUAUUUUGUUUACAAGAAUGGCACAGCUCUGACUGGCGAUCGUGUGCUCAUGCUCAUUCGAAGAAAUCCUGAAGAGUUGCAACAACUUGUCCAACUUGGCUUGUUGGUCAUUGGCCCUGGGGAUGUGAAAGAGCCCAAGAAAGAGACGGAGCUGUUUGGUAUUAUUGCAGGAUUGGCUGCAACUGUCGUCCUCCUCCUCCUCCUCCUGACUGGGACAAUAAUUGGCAUGAGGAAAAGUUAUACGAGGAAGUUGAAGGCACUCAAAGCCUUGAAGGUGGCUUCAAAUUUCUCAGCAGAUGGAGUGCAGCAGGCAGCUGCUAUUCCUGGGACCAACAAAUACAAUACAGAAGGGGCUAAUCCUGUGCUUGGUUUCUCCUUGGACUCUUCUGUGAACCUUGGCUUUGAGGAAAAUGCCAGUUCUGAAGUGGCCAGCCUGAACUCUCUGGAUGAAAAUAUGGUUGAUGCUCCACAUUACUCGAUUCCUGCUGAACGGAAGCUGGACAAAGCAGAUGCUCGGUGUGAAACAAACAGUUGGGAAGAGCCCUUGAAAGCUGCUUUAGAUAGUCACAAGAAAGACAAGCCACCACAGCAAGGGCUCUCCAAGCAGGCCUUUGGAAAACCUUGCUUGGAUACUACAGAACUAUGACUUCACCCAUUUCCUUCUGGCAAAACAAUGACCCAAACUGGUAUAGCAACUGUGACCUGAAGAUGUUGGAAUACCAAUGAAAUAAAUAAUAAAAAUAAAAAAUAAA